GAGCCGGCCAUGAGCGCACCUCCUGCCCAGGGCGCGACCACCGCAGCGGGGAUCACCGGGGAUGCGGGCGCGCCGCCCCCCACCGCCACCAGGACCUACCUGGAGGUGUCGGGCUACGGGGCUGAGGGGGUGCACACCAACGGACGGCACAGGGAGCUCGGCAGUCCACGGAUCGGGAGUGGCAGUCGUGAUAAUUCCGCGGAGAGGAGUCCGGGGGCUGCGAGCGCUCCUUGUGGCAUCAUGAAGGAUGGUUCCAAACAGAAGCAGGUCAGGAAGAAAACAGUGUCCUUCAGCUCAAUGCCAAGUGACCGUAAGAUCAACAGCACUGCUGCUUGCAUUGCCUUUAUGAUGGAGGGCUGUGAGAUGAAGAAGGUGCGCUCCAAUUCACGCAUGUACAACCGUUAUUUCCUGCUAGAUCCAGAUAUGCACUGGCUUCGAUGGGAGCCAUCCAAGAAGGAUUCGGAGAAAGCCAAAUUGGAAAUCAAAAGCAUUAAGGAAGUUCGUUUGGGAAAGAAAACUCCUGUCCUGCGCAGCAAUGGUCUCUCGGAUCAGUUCCCUGAUGAAUGCGCCUUCUCAAUCAUCUAUGGAGAUAAUUAUGAGAGCUUAGAUUUGGUAGCCAGUACAGCAGAUGUUGUCAACACAUGGGUCAUGGGCUUAAGAUAUCUGGUGUCCUACGGCCGUCACACUGUGGACAUAAUGGAACCCAGUCAACCAAGUCUAAGAACCUCUUGGAUUGGCUCAGUGUUUGAGCUGACAGAUAUGGAAAAGGAAGGACAUAUAGACCUUUUCAGAGCCACCCAGAUAAUCAAGGGUCUCAAUCCUGGCAUGAAGGAGUCCAGAAUAGAGCUCAAAUUCAAGGAAUUACAUAAAGCUAAAGACCAAUACGGGGAGGGAAUUAAUAUGGAUACUUUUGUGGAAGCCUAUUGUGAGCUCUGCACACGACCAGAGAUUUUCUUUCUACUAGUUCAAUUCUCUAGCAACAAGGAGUACCUGGACAGUAAAGAUUUGAUGCUGUUUGUCGAUGUGGAACAGGGUGUGGAGGGCGUAACAGAGGAAAUGUGCAGGGACAUUGUUCAGAAAUUUGAGCCAUCUGCCAAAGGCAGAGAACGGGGCUACCUCUCUAUUGAUGGCUUUACACACUACCUCCUGUCCUCAGAAUGCCACAUUUUUGACCCCCAGCACAAACAAGUGUGCCAGGAUAUGACACAGCCUCUCUCUCACUACUAUAUCAACUCCUCACAUAAUGCCUCCCUUCUUGAUGAUCAUUUCUGGGGUUCAUCAGACAUCAGCAGCUACAUCCGAGCUCUAAGGAUGGGAUGCCGCAGCAUUGAGGUCAUAGUGUGGGAUGGUCCUGAUAAUGAGCCAGUGGUGUAUGUAGGUAGUUCUUUGGCCUCACAGUUGGCUUUCUCCAAAGUUCUGGACAUAAUAAACCAGUACGCUUUUGAAAGCUCUGAGUAUCCUCUUAUUUUCUGCUUGGUGACCCACUGCUGUGUCUUCCAACAAAGAGUAUUGGCACAGCACUUGAAGAAGAUUCUUGGGGACAAACUAUGCCUUGAACCUCCAAACAAAGAGGAAAACUACCUACCCUCUCCUGAGAAACUCAAAGGCAAAAUACUCCUUAAGGGUAAAAAGUUGCCACCCAGCUGCACUGACGCUGAGGGGGAUGUAACGGAUGAAGAGGAGGGUCUGGAAAUGUCCCGCAGACUUGGAGCUGAUGACAAGGACCACCUGAAUGGUUUGGGCUGUAAAAGACUCAGGUUGUGCAGAGAGCUAUCUGACCUUGUAUCUCUCUGUAAGUCGGUACAGUUCAGGGACUUUGACCUCUCUAAGAGGGAACAGAAAAACUGGGAGAUAUGUUCCUUCAAUGAAGUUGAUGCAAACAGAUUUGCCAAUGAAUUUCCUGAGGAAUUUGUUUGUUAUAACAAACGCUUCCUCUCCAGAGUGUAUCCCACAUCAAUGAGGAUUGAUGCCAGCAACAUGAAUCCCCAGGAUUUCUGGAAAUGUGGCUGCCAAAUUGUAGCCAUGAAUUACCAAACACCAGGACUGAUGAUGGACCUUAAUCUUGGUUGGUUCAGGCAAAAUGGAAACUGUGGAUAUGUUUUGCGGCCAGCCAUCAUGAGAGAGGAGGUGUCCUACUUUAGUGCCAAUGCUCGGGAUUCCCUGCCAGGAGUAUCUGCACAGCUACUUCACAUCAAAAUCAUCAGCGGGCAGAAUCUGCCAAAGCCUCGUGGCUCUGCUGCCAAGGGUGAUGUAGUUGAGCCUUACAUAUAUGUAGAAAUACAUGGGAUACCAGCUGAUUGUGCUGAGCAAAGAACCAAAACCGUGUCCCAAAAUGGAGACAAUCCCAUUUUUGAUGAGAGUUUUGAAUUUCAGAUCAACUUACCUGAACUUGCAGUUUUACGCUUUGUAGUUUUGGAUGACGACUACAUUGGAGAUGAGUUCAUUGGCCAGUACACCAUCCCAUUUGAGUGCCUACAGCCAGGCUAUAGGCAUGUCCCUCUACAAUCUCUCACAGGAGAGUUCCUACCCAACACCACCCUGUUUGUUCAUGUAGCUAUCACCAACAGGCGUGGCGGAGGAAAGGCACACAAGAGGGGUCUUUCUGUGAAGAAGGGAAGGAAGGCCCGGGAGUAUACCACCACCAAGACCACAGGGAUCAAAGUAGUAGAUGAACUCUUCAGAGCCUCCACCCAGCCCCUCAGGGAGGCUACAGACCUCAGAGAAAAUGUGCAGAAUGCCUUGGUGUCCUUUAAGGAGCUGUGCGGCCUGACUCCUGCAGCCAACAUGAAGCAGUGUAUCCUGACGGUUUCCACCUGGCUGAUGAACAGUGAACGCACUCUGAGGGUAACGGUGGACCUGAGCGAGACCUAUCCCACCAUGGAAGCUCAGAGUCCGGUGCCGGAGCUCCUGCGAAAAGUCCUGAACGCCUACGACAUGAUGAUCCAAACCAGCAAAACCCUGAUCGAGUCAGCUGAUGUUGUCCACGCCAAGCUCACUCAAGCACAACGCUCAGGUCUGGACUUCCACGAAGACCUGCAUCGGAUUGGAGCGAAGGAGGGUCUGAAGGGCCGUAAACUUCAGAAGGCCAUGGAGAGCUAUGCUUGGAACAUCACUGUGCUUAAGGGACAGGCCGACCUGCUGAAGCACGCUAAGAGCGAGGCGCUGGACACUUUGCGUCAGAUCCACUGUGCAGCUCAGUCCUGUGGCCUCAGUAAAAAUGGAGCAGCUUCUCCACAGCUUCAGCAUCAUUCUCACCACCAGCCCCCACAAGUACAGCAACAGCCUCAGGCCAAGCCCCACCCACAGCCCCCACCGCUCCACCAGUCCCAAACCACACCUCAGGUUUACCCCCAUCCCCACCUACAGCAAUACUCCUUGCCACCAACUCUCCCUCCUGUCCAAACUGUUUUGAAACCGCCAGCCUACCCACAGCCCCCGCCCUUACCCCAGAAUCAGUUCCAGAGCCAGCAGCAGAGGGCAGCAGGACCCCUCGACACCAUCCCCGAGAGGGGAAAAGAGCUGGUCUGGGAGAAUCCUGCAGCUUCCUGCUGACUGGCAGCCUGUGCCCACAGAGAGUCCCACCCAAAGAGAGACGAGGAGAAGAGCGGCGUAGAAGGAAACCAGGAGGACGGUCAGGAAAGAGAGAGGGAGAUGAUGGCGGGGAAGAAGACUCGCCGUGCUAGAAGCGAGACGAGAGUUUAACAGGAGGUCAGAAAACGAAAAAGAUCAGUAAGAGUUCAGUCGUGCGUUUCUUAGCAGGAUUUUUGGUUUAGAACAACCUUCAUUUCAAG